UUGAGGUUGUGAAGGAUCUACCUGUCCGUCUCUGUGUCUACUCAAGAAAACCUAAUGGCUUGUAUUGCGUUUGGCCGCUGCGAUGAUUCAUUCAGCUCAGGCUCCUUGAAAGCCUACCUGGCAGAGUUCAUAUCCACCUUACUCUUCGUUUUUGCUGGUGUUGGCUCUGCCAUUGCUUACAAUAAGUUGACGUUGAGCGGGGCACUGGAUCCAGCGGGGCUUGUUGCGAUUGCUGUUUGCCAUGGCUUUGCACUGUUCGUCGCGGUAUCUGUGGGAGCAAACAUCUCAGGUGGCCACGUCAAUCCAGCUGUCACCUUCGGAUUGGCUCUUGGUGGCCAGAUCACCAUCCUCACCGGCAUCUUCUACUGGAUUGCCCAGCUCCUCGGCUCCAUUGCCGCUUGCUUUCUCCUCAAAUUCGUUACUGGUGGCAUGGUAAUUCCCACUCACAGCUUAGCAGCAGGAAUGGGAGCUGUUGAAGGAGUAGUGAUGGAAAUCAUCAUCACAUUUGCCUUGGUCUACACUGUCUACGCAACGGCCGCUGAUCCGAAGAAGGGCUCAUUGGGUACCAUUGCCCCCAUUGCCAUUGGAUUUAUUGUUGGGGCUAACAUUCUUGCAGCAGGCCCAUUCUCAGGUGGUUCGAUGAACCCGGCACGUUCUUUUGGGCCAGCUGUCACCAGCGGAGACUUCAAAGACAACUGGAUCUACUGGGUCGGCCCACUCGUCGGUGGAGGUCUCGCCGGUCUCAUCUAUGGCAAUGUGUUCAUGACCUCCGAGCAUGUUCCCCUUCCAAAUGAAUUCUAAUUUCAGCUCCAUCUGCUUGGAAUAAUUGGGAGGAAGAAUUCAUUUUGCUUUCCUUUGAAUUAUUAUUAU